CUGGCCAAUUCACUUGUUGUACUUAUCACUAUGGCUUGGCCGCAGAUGAAACAGAGCUACAAUAUUAUCUUGGAACUUAUUUAUGGAGAAGAAGAGUAGAGAGCAAUUGAAUAUUUCGCCUUGGAAACUGUAGCGGAAGGCCGAGCGCGGGCGCGCAGGCUCAACGCUAAUCCUCAUCGGCGGCCCAAGUCAAAGCUUUCGAGGCGAAGACCAAUAUCCUCGGGCUAGUCGGGAUAAUGCUCGCGUUACUGCUCCGUGGCGUCUUCCUCUUGGGCGUGAUCGGCUGGUACAGCGCGAGUCUCUGGAAAGUCGUGGACAACUACUUUAAGGGUCAAUUUCAACGCUACCUCGAAGAAGAAUAUCAAAGAAACCCGCGAAUGCGCGAUGACGUGCGCGCCUACACCACUGCCGACAAAGCUGCGAGCGAUGUUAUCGCCGGGACGACGCAGCAGCGGCUUGCCGAAAUAUCUCCCCGCUAUCCGAUCGAUAAAGCAGAGCUCGUCGCGCUAGAGGUGAAAAGCCAAGAAAGUGGGCUGGCUGACUUUGAAGCAGGUGCAGCCGAAAUCGAGGUUGCCAGGCCAGCGCAUACCGACCAACCGGUAUUCCACGAUAGUCCCGUAGACGCGACCAUGCUCUCAAUGGAAAUGCCGUCGCCGUCCCCAGAGGCUAUUCGGGAUUACCAAAUCGACGAGUCAUCGAAUUUCAGCGAAACUGAACGUGCCGAAAAAACACCAGCUCUUGAACGGAAACCACAGCAAGAGAUGGGGGAAAUGCCGAAAGAAGACGAAAAGCAAUCGUCACCGCAUGCACCGAAAAAGACGAAAGCUAAGAAGAGGCCGAAGAUUAUAGCGAAGUCAGAAGUGACUACUGAGCGCAAGAUUAAACAACGAUUGAAAAUCCCGAUGUUACAACUGACCGAGGACGAUUUCGAGGACACUGCCAGAUUUUUCGAGUUCGGUCGGGAGGAUGACUAUCGGGAUUUUAUUGAUGAUUUCGAAGCUGACAACGAGGAUUUCGAUGGGAUUUCCCUGAAGGAUUUGCCCUUCAAGCCAAUGAUCGACGUUUACGACCUGGAGCGCAUCUCGGAGGAGGAGUACUGCCCUCUCAGCCUUGACGACGAUCCCACCUGUGACGAGCUGCAAUUUUGGCCUUAAGCGCGCAUAGGGAUUGACACGUGUACGUUAGCUCGUUUGAUUUUAUGGCUGGCAAAUAAAAUUGUUACUAUCAAUCGAGGGUACGAAAUCUCUAGCUGCUCGUAAAAAAUGUCUCUUCUGUUCAAUUUUAUUUUCAACGAACGUAUAUAGAGCAACCCUUUUUAUUUCCUGUGCAUUUCAAAAACUUUUUAACGUUACUCUAACGUCGGAGAGCGUUAUACUUUAAUUUUUUUAUUUCAGCUCAAUUACUAUUGCUAGAAAAGAUUGAUUACAUAAAAAUAACGAUUGUUUGUGAAUUCUUAAAGAGCCAUUCAACUUUAGUACAUAGGUGCAAGUAUUGCCAGUUAUAUUUAAAAUAUCAAAUAAGUUGAAAAGAAUGUUACGUUAUCCGAAAUAUACUUAGGAUCAAAGCUAAAACUUACUUAUUCAAGAUUUCGUCUAUGAGUUAUUGCACUAAAACUUUCAAAAGCGUAUUACUAGUCGAGUAAAUGUACUACCUACCAGUUUCAAGUGUCACUCUAAACAAGUUUGAGGUAAAAUGAAUGAAGCGAUGCAUGACAGUUAUUACGUGGGGCAUAUAAUACUGCGAUUAAAGUAAGCAAAAAAGUUAACUGAAUAGGUUUCAUUUGACAUAUAUUCACUCAAGCGAAAACAGACAAAAAGUUACCGAACUCUGUAAUAAAUGCGGUAUUGAAAAUUCAUCUGACAAUUUUUUAUUUCAAACUGUAUAAUAAUUAAAUAAUUUUUCGACAAGUCUUCAAAUUACUAAACGUACUAUGUAGAGUAUGUCAUGAAUGCUCGAUGUAACGUGAUUGUAAGUAGUCGGACACGUUGGUGCUAAGUUUAUGUGUAAAAUGAAUAUUUAUAGAGUUGCAAUCAGUUUGGACGUGUACUUUGUAUGUGCAUCUAUAUGCUCUAGUCAAACAAUGGUGCAAAGCGUUUAAAAUGCUAGAUUGUAAUUACGCGUUUGAUAAAGUGGCGGUACGUCAUUUAUCAAGCCGCCGACAGACGGAAGCUUUCUGGUUACCAUUUUAGCGUAAGAGUUCGCUUUCAUUCUCUGUCUCUCUCUCUCUCUUGGACGAAAUAAUGAUUUUGUAACAGUUCACUUUGAUUGGAUGAUUGAUGCAUUUAAAAAAUGCUUACUACUGGUAAAUAGGAAUAUCAUGGAAUAGAGCACGCGAAGUAAUAAUUGUUGUAAUUCUAAAGGAAUAGUGAAUAAAGAUAUUUAUACUUCAUUAUCA